UCUGUGACUACAAGCCACCCGACUGCCGCCGCCGUAACCCGACAGCACCGACGCACACUUACGACUCAUCUUGUGUCCCUGCAUUUUGUGUUCUGAUAAGUACGUCCUACGACCCGUUCAUUGCUCGAGACCGACCGAUCGAGCGCCGGCACUCGUGCGAUUUGCCUGGUCUCCGCGAUCCGUCCGAUUCCCGGUAGCCACUCUUGGGCCGAUUUCCCGUGGCUACAAGUCCGAAUCCUAGCGGUCGAUUUACGUCCGGUUUUCCGUAGUACUGCUUAUGCAGUUUCCGUAAGCCGACUCUUCCGUUUUUUCGAUACUUUACCCAACGGUUUGCGCACCAAGACGAAUCUCGGAGAGUUCCUUGCCAGUUUUCAACGACGCGAAUACACCAGUGAUCGGUAAUUGCUGGUGUCGUAGGUCGUGAGACGUUAUCCUUCCGUACUUCGGAUACACGAUUUGCAGAUUGGCCAAUCCAACCUAUGUCCGUGUAGAAAACAAUGGACCUCCCGCCGCCACCGUCAUUCGACCCUGCGCUACUCGACAUGGAUAAUAUGACUGCCGAUAAGUGGUAUGCCCUGAUAUACAAUAGGAUAGUACAACAGGAAGAUAUUUUUGUUGGCGAUUUUAAAAAGAAAGUAAUUGAAAUCAUAAACACAUGCAUGAACAAACCUAAUACAACGAUAGAAAGUUUAAAACAGGACAUUACAAACACAAUCAAUGAAUCACAAUUUGAAUUUGAACAUCAAAAGUUUAUUGAUGGUAUAGUUGGGGGUGCUUAUGAAUACCUUUGCCAGUUUAUUAUUAAAAACUCGAUGGAUAAUAUUAGAAGAACUCAGUGUGCUUUAAAUUGUUUUUCAUUGACAAAUAAUUUAAAUUGUGCUACAAUAAAACCAUGUUAUAAUGAAAAUAUUUUGUUACAAGGAUCUUCUAAAUUGUCUCAAAUCCAAUGUUUACCGGAAUCAAACAAUAAUACAACUGAUACAGAUAAAGCAAUUCAAUUUAUAUUCAACAACAAUUCUGAAAAUGAUCCAAAUUCAAUGAUAAUGGUUGAAAGAGAAAAUGUUAAAAAUACUACAGUCAAAGAAAUAGAAACUUCGACCUUUCACAAUUAUAGAGAAACUUUACAAAUAAAUAACUUACCUAAAGAAUCAACAAAUAAUAUACCAUUUAAAAAUAUUCACACAAAUAAUAAUGAGAAUACUGCUCAUUCAUCAGUAAUUAUUGAUGACGAUGAUAAAACUACACAAGCUAUUAUAUCUUUAGCUCUGAAAAUACAACAAACAACUUACCAUGAUGACGAUGUUGAUUAUUUCGAAACUAAUGAAAUCAAUAACAGCAACAUGUGUACCAAUAAUGAAAUUCAAACAACAAAGUAUCUCAUAGAACAAAAUGGAGAUCAAAAUACUGAUCCACUUAAGUUGGAGGAAGAAUAUAAAAUUAAUAACAGUUUAAAACUUUUAGAAAGUUUAGUUAAUAUUGAACAUAAUAAAUUGGAAGUUCAAAAAUGUUUAGUAAAUAAUGAACCACAAUCAAAUAUUGAGAAAAGUGAAAUAAACCCAUACAAAAGUUCUACAAAGACAAAUAUCGGGAAGAAGAAAAAUCGAAAAUUACAAGAAAAUAAAUAUAAAGAAGAUGAAGAUGAAUGGUUACCAAGUGAUGAGAAACGAAAGAAUCAUUGUUCUAAAAAUAAAACUAAAACCAUUAAACAAAAAAGCCAUAAAGAUAGAACACCUAAAAAAAAUAAAAAAUUGGAUGCACAAAAUACUUUAAAUAAUUUGUGUAGUUCAAGUUCCUCUGUUGAAAUUCAAAAUGAUCCAAGUACUUCAGUAACUAUGAAUGAAUCUUUAUUUUCUAGUUACACCAAAAAGCCUGAGACAAUAGUUUCUGCUGUUAUAAAUACUAAAUCAUUGGAUACUACCUACAGAACUGAAACUCAACUGGCAUAUCAAAACGAAAAAGACUGUUUACAAAUUAAUGACUUUAAACAGCUUCCAAAUUAUGUUGAAAGUAUAAUGCAUAAUGAGAAGAAAAAAUGUUUAACAACUGUUAAUAAUUCAGAUGUUUUAUCUAAUAAAACUAGCCCUAUUGCUUCUACUAGUAGUUAUAAUGAAAAAGAUGUUGACAAUUUAAAAAAUAAAUCAACCAGUCCCUCGGGUUCAGCAAUGAAAACUUCGGACUAUAAAAAACUGUAUGAAAAAGAUCGUAAAAGUUUAUUCAGCCCUGAUGUUAUUAUUAUAAAAAAUGUACCAUCAAAACCUUCAAAAGAAUUAAUAAAUGACCUACUUAUAAAAAAAGAAUGCAAUUCAACACAAAACAAAGAAGAUUCAGAAAAAAAGCAAAAACCUAAAAUAUGUAAGGUAGAAAAUAAUAAAAGGAAAAAGUUAACCAAAAAUAAUACUGAUAAAGUGAAAAUAACUGAUAAUACCUCUAAGUCGAUAAACGACUUAAAAUCUAAAACAAAUCAUGCAUCAACUUCCAAAAACAAAUUUAAGAGAAUCAAAGUCACAAAGUCUAAUGAUAGAGCCAAUACUAACGCUGUUAGCAAUAAAAAUAAUGAAUCUAAUACUACAGAUAUAUUAGAAAACAAAGUUUCUAGUAAAAUUGAUACUUUAGAUCCUCAAGAAUUGAAUAGGACAAACAUUUUGGAAAAUAACAUGUCUGAAGAAGGUACAUCAGAAUAUCAACAAUUGAAUGGAACAAAUGUUUUGGAAAAUAAAGAGUCUGAUAAGGAUACUUUGGUAAACAAAACUAUGCCUGCAUGGUUAAAACUUUUAUAUACGAUUCAUAAUAUUAAACCUUGUUAUGUUGUUAUUGAUCCAAACAUAACAUAUUAGAUUUCGUAUUAUUUUCAGUUGAUGCGAUCAUAAUCUUAUAAUGGAAAUUUAUAGAUAAUAAAAUAAGAAGAGUAACUUUUUAUAAAUAUUACUAUUUUAUUAAUAAAAAAUAUAAAAUUAUUAUGGAGAUUUCAUGAACAAUUUGUUAACAUAUUUGUAGGAAAUUAAUACACAAAGAAAAAAAAAAUUACACAAUUUGCCUUGUAUACAUUUGCAUAUAUUUAAAGAUUAUAAGCAAAACAAAUAUUUAAAUUAAAUCAUAAAUUGGUAGUUAUUUAACAUGAUACUUGUUUGUUAUAGCCAAUAGAUUGUAUACAAUUUAUAACCUCUUCCUCUUAUUUUUUUUUUUUUUGAGUUUAUUUAUAUUUAAUGAUAAACCAUAUUACUAUUUAUUGGUCAACCAUUAAAGUUGCCCAAAUGGCAGGGUGAUAAAUUAGUAUGGCACAGUGAAGUGGCAAUAACAAACUUUUAAGACUUUAAAGUAGAUUCCAUUUUUUUUUUUUUU